CGUUUCGAAGCCUCAUGAAGCAGUGGUUCGAAAGCGAGUAUCACUAGUGUUGCUGUGUUGUUUAUGUGUUGAGUGUUGUGUAAGUUACUGACAGAAACACUUCUCUGAAGCUCGCGAUUACAGGACAACAUGAAUUCAUUGCUUUUCUUUGGUCUGUUAAUGUUUGUGGCGGGGAUUUGUUCAGGACACAAACCUCAUCCAUGCCGUACUCCACCUCUGCUAUCUGGAAGUCUGUCUGUGAGUGCUAAAGAAGGUCAGAACUGGGCUGUUGCCAAAUAUCGCUAUGAUGCGUUUGGGCAGCGCAUUCGUUUGUGGGAAUUUGGAAAAUAUGACGACAAAUCAUUUCAUCUGAAUAUGUUGUUCCUCUUUCGGGAGGGUGUGGUUUACACCAUCAGUUACAGGAACAAGACCUGUCAAAAAAAUCUCCUCAACACGACCUUUCACCCAUCAGAGAUUCCCCGUAACGCCUCGCUGAUGUCACAGGUAGUUUUGGGAGGUUCCUCUGGACCAGGUGAAGGUCUGCUCGUCAACACCUGGACAGGAGUCGUACCUGAGACUCAAGGUAAAUAUCUGGCCACUGUCACAGAAUUCGGCUGCAUCCCUGUCUCGAUGUUAUAUUAUACAGCAGAGACGGGCUGGGUGGUCACCAGCUAUUUUAACGCAGUAACCGGGAUCGAGGACCCUGACGAUUUAAAUCCUCCGUCCUUCUGCACAGGCAUACAAACAGAAGAGGAAAAACUCAAUUUCUUCAGUGCCUUUUUCUAAAGAAAAAAAAAAUAAUUUUAACCUCCAUACUGUAGCACUUCUAGUAAUGUGAAUGUGUUUUAUUAACCUGUUAGCAAAUUUAAAUCAUCAAACUACUUCUCUUACAGAUUUAGAGUUCACAGACGUGAACAUGUUUUAGUUUUACUAAAUGAUAACACAACUCUUUUGAUUCGAGCGUUUAUGGAGAAAUUAUUCUGCAGCUGUACAACUAUAAAACUAUUUUUUUAAAGGGAAUAAAAACUUUCAACAAUU